UACCAAGUCGAGAUCUCGAAUAAGAAUCUAGGUUAUCGAGGUCGGGAUUUUUCGGGACUAUCGUAUUUCGAUACCCUUACGAUCCCGUUAGUCCGGUCGGUACUUUUCGGUUCUGCCACACCCUCCCAUAUAUUCGCAGGUUAUACUUUAUAUUUUUCCUUCAUACGUACAGAAUGGUCAGACUUCCUCUUUUCUACGAAAAAUUGAUUGAAGGGAAAACUGAGUAAAAAAUCAUCUUUUCUUUAUUAAUGGCACUCAUUGAACAUGCCACAGGGAAAAUUGGGUGAAUUGAAUGGGUUCCGUGACUUUUGCGCCGAGAACAUUUGCGCCGCGACUUUUGCGCCGCGACUUAUGCGCCGAGCGACUUUUGCGCCGGGGGACUUUUGCGCCGCGACUUUUGCGCCGGGCGACUUUUGCGCCGCCACUAUCAUUAAAAAUAUAUCAAUAACUACAGCCGGGCCUCACUUUAGUAGGGUUGUCGGAUAG